AUGCAUUCAGCCUACGACAGUGAUGCUGAUGACAAGCACUUCCGACCUGUUCGUCCGAGAUUAUCUUCCGCUUGCGAAAAAACUGCUUCUUGUACACAGCGAACUACUAGCACCACUGCGCCACACAUCGAGCAAUAUCGAUCACCAUUUUCUAGCGAGGUUGCUGAUUUCACAGGAUCAGCCUCGAGUGGAAUCGAAGAUUUCCCGCAGACUUCAAAGAAACGUUGGAUUUCGUCCGAAGGCAGGGAAAUAUUUGAUGGAAAACGAGAAAGGAAAUUAUCCGUCCAAGAAAUCACUGCAAAAUUAGAAGCUUUAAGUUCCUCCCCGAAAAUUCCCGAAAAAUCUGACCGUCCCAGCUUCGUGACACAAACACCAAAAUGGUUCAAACCAAUUAAGGCACCUGCUUCAGAUGAACAGCCCUGGCCUCAUCCUCCCACAGAAAGUCUGACUGUUGCAUCGUAUAUAAAAAGUGCUGCGGAAAAGAAACUAGGCGCACCUCAUCUUCAGCCGACGACAGCCGUGAUUUCGGACUCGGUGAUACACGUCGAUAAAAACGCGGUAUGGGAACACGGCACGACCUCGUAUCAUCAUCAGAGCGACGGCGUUGAACAU